AUGUUCUCGAUUUUUCUUCUGUCCUUGAUCGGUGUCGUGGUUGCUCAACAACCGCGACCAUGUGCAUCUUCAUCUCAAUGGGAAGCACUCAUCAUCGAUCAUAUUAACGAUGAGAAAAUUACCGUACAAGGUAAGCUGAGCUAUGAUUCACUGUAUCAACGUGAACGAUUCAUCGAAGAAGUCGUUGUUGGCGAUGACUAUUACUAUGAGACCAUCGCCUUAUUUCAAGCUCAGCUCGAGUUUGUGAUCAACUUGACGGCACGCAACUGCUCACGCCUUCCACUUACACGGCCAUGGCGUGACUUCGCUAUUAGGCCCGAUGCUCGCUCGUACGGCGAAGCCUACAUCGGCUCUUCUGCCUCGCCCAGUACUGGUCUACUUGUCACUAUUUGGGGUGGUAAUUACACGACGCCAUCGAAUGACACUGUCAAUUAUAUUGGAAUGUGGACUUAUGAAGCCUGUCUUCCAGUUUCCCAGACGUCUACGCAUCCCAAAUACGGCACAAGUCAUCAGUCAUUCUACGAUGUUUCGGGCGGUAUUAGUGAUCCAAAUGUGUUCAUUCCACCCCGAGAAUGUCUGUCCGAUAAAGAAUACGCCAUGCGACACACUCUCUUUGGCGCUUCGCUAAAUUAG